CUUCAGGGAAAGGACGUCGCCUAAUGCAGGCUGACCUGCUGAUCUCACUCAGAAUGUCUCUGACUGUUUCUCUGCUGGUUCUGCUCUUCAUCUCUGGAGUUGUUGCUCAGAAUGGGUGGGGUGUGGAUUACAAAGAUAAGUCUAUCUGUGCUCUAAAGGGGUCUACAGUGACCAUGCGCUGCACUUACACAUAUCCAAGAGGUCGCGUAGUCCUAAGAGCUUUCUGGACCAAACAGUGGGGUCAAGCUUCAGAGCCUCCUGAUCUAUUAGAUGAUCCAGAUUACAGAGGCAGAGUUCAGUACCUCGGAGAUAAACAACACGACUGCACUCUCAGACUGAGGAAUGUGAGAGAAACUGAUCAAAGUAAAUAUUACUUCAGAUUUACAACAGACCACCAUGAAGGAAAGUAUCAAGGUGCAAGUGGAGUUGAUCUUUCAGUCACAGAUCUCCGGGUGGAGGUUCCUGAGAGAGUGAUAGAGGGAGAUGAAGUCACUCUCACAUGUAAAACCAGCUCCAGUGUGUCUGACAGACCAACAUUCACCUGGUACAGAAAUGGAAGUUCUUUAUCCUCCAGUACUGACCAGCUCCACCUGCAGCCGGUCAGCAGGAAGGAUGCAGGCAGGUAUCGCUGUGCUGUACUGGAUCAGAACCUUCGCUCUCCUGAGGUCACUCUUAAUGUGAGAUAUCCUCCAAAGAGCGUCUCAGUGUCCAUCAGUCCCUCUGGUGUAAUACUGGAGGGCAGUUCAGUGACUCUGACCUGCAGCAGUGAUGGAAACCCACCUGUGGAAUAUAACUGGAUUAAAGGAACAUCAUCAGUAGGAAAAGGAAAAACUUACACAAAGAAGAAGAUCAGCUCUGUGGACAGUGGAGAAUACAAGUGCAGGUCCAGUAAUGAACAUGGAGAGAAACUCUCUGAAGCUCUAACUCUGAAUGUUUUGUAUCCUCCAAAGAGCAUCUCAGUGUCCAUCAGUCCCUCUGGUGAAAUAGUGGAGGGCAGGUCAGUGAAUCUGACCUGCCGCAGUGAUGCAAACCCACCUGUGCAGAACUACACCUGGUUUAAAGGAACAUCAUCAGUAGGAAAAGGAGAAACUUACACAAUGAAGAAGAUCAGCUCUGUGGACAGUGGAGAAUACAAGUGCAGGUCCAGUAAUGAACAUGGAGAGAAACUCUCUGAAGCUCUAACUCUGAAUGUUUUGUAUCCUCCAAAGAGUGUCUCAGUGUCCAUCAGUCCCUCUGGUGAAACAGAGGGCAGUUCAGUGAAUCUGACCUGCAGCAGUGAUGCAAACCCACCUGUGCAGAACUACACCUGGUUUAAAGAAGGUGGAAGCUCACCUGUAGGAUCUGGACACAGUUACAGGGCUCCACAGAGAGGAUCCUACUACUGUGAGGCUCAGAAUGAACACGGAUCUCAGAAAUCAGCUGCAGUGACUGUAAAAGGGGUCUGGAAUUCAGCUCUAUAUGCAGUUAUUGGAGUCACAGCUGGAUGUGGAUUUUUAUCUGUUAUCAUUGCUGUUUUUUGUGUAAGGAGAAAGAGAAGAGGCAGUUCAGCUGAUGAUAAAAACCAGACACAGAGCGUUGAUCCUAAUGCUAAGGAGGACACGUACACACCUCUUGACCCCAUGUCCAGGUCCUCUGAUGAUUUGUACAACACACUUGCAAACGUUGACCCUAAUGCUAAGGAUGACAUCAACACAGCUCUUGACCCCGUGUCCAGGUCCUCUGAUGAUGUGUACAACACACUUGCAACUAUUCAUUCCAGUCCUUGUGAUGAUCUGUCCUCAGCUCUGGAUCCUCAGUCUCGCUCUCCUGAGUACGACACUCUAGCAACUGUCAGAAACAAACACUGAAACCGUCACCAUGGAAACCACCCAAACUGAAGUGAACCACCCAUCGAAAUCAGAUGAGCAAGAGAGAGAUAGAGAGAGAGAGAG